AAGCUGCCGAUUCACUGCAGCACCUUACCAGAGUCGAAAGCCAGAUAAUGAGCAGAAUAUCCCGCUAGAUUGAUAAACACACCAGUCCCGCACACCUGGUUCGCGAUGGUCCAUUUUCGCAAUGCUGUCCCUUUCUCAGUCAGUUGUUAAGGGCAGAGCUUCUAGAGAACCUGAUUACGGCGUCACUUCUGCCACGAGCCGUCUGCACUACUUUAAAUAUGUCACAUAGAGAACGUGUGGCGUUUUACAGAAUCAUUUGAUCCGAAAUCAUGCUCCUGAUGCUUCUUCUUUCAUGGAAAGGAAGAAAAACUGGCGCAAGGACAUCUCGGCUACAUUGGCGUGUUAAAUACGCGGCGCCCAUAAAUAUUUUCGUGUCUGACUUGGGAAAACAAGCAACCCCCCCUACCCCCCUCCCCCCUUCCCUCCUCCUCCGGUUUUGCACUGUAGACGUGUGGCUCUUGUCAAAUCUUUGUUUUGUCUUGUCAAUCUGCUCAGUUGCUGGGACGUGCCUUGUUUCUCAAACCUAUAUUGCGCAGGCGUGAUCCAAUCUGAGCCCAGCGAAAUGCUCUUGGAUAUAGAAUGGGAUCACCCUCUCUGCUCCGAUAUCGUGUUAACCUAUUUCUGGGAGUGAGUGAACCAAGACGCUGCGGGCGGUCUACUUCCUGGACUCAUCCUUGAGGGAAAUCGGAGCGUGCACGUUUCGCGGGUCACUUUUUCGGCACAAACAACGGACGUCAACCUGUGGAUGACAAGGCGAGCGAAUCAAAGAGAUUACAUUCGCGGCUCCGCAGUAGCGUUGUCACAGCCCCCUCUGCCAUUAAAAUCUAGGGCGCGUGGCUUGGCUGUAAGCGGCUGCGCAUCCCGCGGUUUUUAUGAAAGAGGAAAACGCGCAGUCCGAAAGUGAAUCGAUUUCGGUUUAUGAAUGGCCCUGACAUGGAGGAAAUUCCGUUUCAGAAAGUCAAAACCCGGAGGAAGAGAGGCCACUGUCCGUCCGGAUCCCGUUUGAAUGCCAUCGCCUGCGAGGACGAGUUUGACUGCAAGGAGCUGGAAUCGCUCUUUCAAAUUUACAACCUGAAACUGGAGCAGACCUCGACCCUGAAGGCGCUGGCGGUUUUGAUCGUCAUGGCAUCAACUUUGGCUCUGGUGGAACUGAUGUCCGGUCCCAGCCUCACCAUCUCUAAGGGAUCCCAUCCGGUGCACUGCAUCAUAUUCGUCUCCUUGUUCAUUGUCACCAAUGUCAAGUACCUGCACGUGACACAACUUCAGCAGAUCGUCAAGCUGACCCUGCUCUUCAGUUUCACCUUCGCUUUUCUCUGCUGCCCGUUCUCUCUGGGCGCCUACGGCGUGGAGCCGCCGACGUCCCCGGAGCAGGGGAUGUGGCAGCUCAUGCUAGUCACGUUUGUCGCCUACUCGCUCCUGCCUGUUCGGACUCUGCUGGCCGUGCUAUUUGGAAUUAUGGUGGCCGUGUCCCACGUUAUCGUAACAGCCACGUCAGUCACUGCCAAAAGACAGAGAUUGUGGAGAACGCUGGUGGCCAACACGGUCCUCUUCACCAGCGUCAACCUGUCGGGCGUGUUUGUGCGGAUCCUGUCUGAGCGCGCUCAGAGGAAGGCCUUUCUGCAGGCGCGCAACUGCAUCGAGGAGAGGCUGAGGCUGGAGGACGAGAACGAGAAGCAGGAACGCCUCCUGAUGAGCCUGCUGCCCAGGAACGUCGCCAUGGAGAUGAAGGAGGACUUCCUGAAGCCACCGGAGAGGAUCUUCCACAAGAUCUACAUCCAGAGGCACGACAACGUCAGCAUCCUGUUCGCUGACAUCGUGGGUUUCACAAGUCUGGCUUCCCAGUGCACGGCGCAAGAGCUUGUCAAGUUGCUGAAUGAACUCUUCGGCAAGUUUGACGAACUGGCCACAGAGAACCACUGCAGGCGCAUCAAGAUCCUCGGAGACUGUUACUACUGCGUCUCUGGCCUGACCCAGCCCAAGACUGACCACGCCCACUGCUGCGUGGAGAUGGGCCUGGACAUGAUCGACACCAUCACGUCGGUGGCAGAGGCCACGGAGGUGGACCUGAACAUGCGUGUGGGUCUGCACACGGGCCGGGUGCUGUGCGGGGUGCUGGGACUCAGGAAGUGGCAGUACGACGUCUGGUCCAACGACGUGACGCUGGCCAACGUGAUGGAGGCAGGCGGACUGCCUGGAAAGGUGCACAUCACCCGGACCACCCUGGAGUGUCUGAACGGGGACUACGAGGUGGAGCCAGGCUACGGGCACGAGAGGAACGCCUUCCUCCAGAAGCACCACAUCGAGACCUUCUUCAUCGUGCCGUCUCACCGGAGGAAGAUAUUCCCCGGCCUGAUCCUCUCGGACAUAAAGCCGGCCAAGCGGAUGAAGUUCAAGACGGUGUGCUACCUGCUGGUGCAGCUCAUGCACUGCCGCAAGAUGUUCAAGGCAGAGAUCCCCUUCUCCAACGUGAUGACCUGCGAGGACGACGACAAGCGGCGAGCGCUCCGCACGGCCUCGGAGAAGCUGAGGACCCGCACCUCGUUCUCCGGCGGCGCGGUGCAGCUCUCGCCCGGCACGCGCGUCAACCGCUACAUCAGCCGCCUGAUCGAGGCGCGGCAGACCGAGUCGGAGACCGCCGACCUGCACUUCCUCUCGCUGACGUACCGCCGCGCCGAGCGGGAGAGCAAGUACCACCAGAUACCGGACGAGCACUUCACCAGCGCGGUGGUGCUCUCCCUGACGCUUGCAGCGCUGUGCGGCCUGGUCUACCUGCUGAUAAUCCCGCAGGGAACGGUGGUACUGCUCCUUUUGGUGCUCUCCGUUUGCUUCCAUCUCGCUUGCAUUAUGUACCUGCAUGUCACUAGCGUUCAGUGUAUCCCAGGCUGCCUCACCAUCCGGAUCAGGACGGCUCUGUGCGUGAUCCUGGUGCUCUUGGUCUACGCGGUGGCUCAGGGGUGUGUGGUGAGCUGCCUGCCCUGGACCUGGGGCGGCAACUCCAGCGCCCCGGAUUCGGGGUCGGACCCGCGGGGGGAGAACGGCACCGCCCUGGCGCUGCCCUGCGAGAGCGCCCCCUACGCCUUCCUGUCCUGCGCCGGCGCCACGCUCACCCUGGCCCUCUUCCUGCGCGUCUCCUCCCUGCCCAAGAUCGUCCUGCUCCUGCUGCUCAGCGUCCUGUACGUCACCGUCCUGGAGGUCAGCGGCUUCAGGAAGUCCGUUGGGGGCGGGCUUGUCUCCCCGCGCGGGUACGAGCGCGGGUACGAGAGCGGGUACGAGCCCAUCUUUGCCAUCCUGCUGUUUGCCAGCGCGCUGAUUCUGCACUCCCGGCAGCUGGACCUGAAGCUACGGCUGGACUACCUGUGGGCCGCGCAGGCGGAGGAGGAGCGGGACGACAUGGAGAGGGUGAAGCUGGACAACAAGAGGAUCCUCUUCAACCUGCUGCCUGCGCACGUGGCGCAGCACUUUCUGAUGUCCAAUCCGAGGAACAUGGACCUGUACUACCAGUCCUAUGCCCAGGUCGGGGUGCUGUUCGCCUCCAUCCCCAAUUUCAACGACUUCUACAUCGAGCUGGACGGGAACAACAUGGGGGUCGAGUGUCUCCGCCUCCUCAACGAGAUCAUCGCCGACUUCGACGAGCUCUUGGACAAGGAAUGCUACAAGGACAUCGAGAAGAUCAAGACCAUAGGAAGCACGUACAUGGCAGCUGUGGGUUUGGUGCCCACCACUGGAACCCAGGCCAAAAAGUCCGUCUCCUCACACUUAUGCACAGUAGCGGACUUCGCCAUCGAGAUGUUUGAUGUGCUGGACGCAAUCAACUACCAGUCCUACAACGACUUUGUGCUGCGAGUGGGCAUCAAUGUGGGUCCAGUGGUGGCGGGCGUCAUCGGGGCCAGAAGGCCCCAGUACGACAUUUGGGGGAACACGGUCAACGUGGCCAGCCGCAUGGACAGCACGGGCCUCCAGGGCAAAAUACAGGUCACGGAGGACGUGUACCGCACGCUGAAGGGCAGCUAUGACCUGGUGUGCCGCGGCAAGGUCAGUGUCAAGGGCAAAGGGGAGAUGCUGACUUAUUUUCUGGAGGGGAAGUGCCCGGGGCCCGGCUCCCACAGCCGAUCAAAGGGCCUGCAGCGCCCGGGGCAUCCGUGCGGCCGGCCCGGCGUCCGGACGCAGCUGGGGACGGGCUGCCCCAGCACCAGCCCGGCCACCAUACAGACCACGUCCACCAUGGCGAACAGCGCCGUCCUGUACCUCCCGUCCGUGUCCCUGUCCCUCUCCGUGCCAGCAGGGAAGGAGGCGUGAGAGAAGACCCCCGUCCCGCCACCCCACUCCGCCCCCCCCCCGACACCCGCACCCCCACACCCACCCCAAAACAAUCGAACGAGGGUCUUAGGCAAGCGGCUUCAUCGAGGGCCCCCCUGCAGUGCAACCAAAGAGAACCUUGAGUUCUGUUACGAAAAUCACUUUAGAAACGUUUUUUUUUUUUCUUUU